GCCAAGAUGGAGCCGGCAGCCGCCGGUCCCGGCCCUCUGAUUGUGAACAACAAGCAGCCCCAGCCGCCACCUCCUCCGCCGCCUGCCACCGCACAGCCUCCUCCCGGGGCGCCGAGGGCCGCUGGAGGCCUCCUGCCGGGGGGCAAAACUCGCGAGUUUAACCGCAACCAGCGCAAAGACUCGGAGGGCUAUUCUGAGUCUCCGGACCUGGAGUUUGAGUAUGCCGACACAGACAAGUGGGCUGCAGAGCUCGCAGAGCUUUACAGCUAUACAGAAGGACCAGAAUUCCUGAUGAAUCGAAAAUGCUUUGAGGAGGACUUCCGGAUCCAUGUGACAGACAAGAAGUGGACUGAGCUGGAUACCAACCAGCACCGUACCCAUGCCAUGAGGCUUCUGGAUGGCUUGGAAGUCACUGCCCGGGAGAAAAGACUCAAGGUGGCUCGAGCAAUUCUCUAUGUUGCCCAAGGUACUUUUGGAGAGUGCAGCUCAGAGGCAGAAGUGCAGUUCUGGAUGCGCUACAACAUCUUUCUGCUCCUGGAGGUGGGCACGUUCAAUGCCUUGGUGGAGCUUCUGAACAUGGAAAUAGAUAACAGUGCCGCAUGCAGCAGUGCAGUGAGGAAACCUGCCAUCUCCCUGGCUGACAGCACAGACCUGAGGGUUCUGCUCAACAUCAUGUACCUGAUUGUGGAGACUGUUCACCAGGAUUGCGAGGGUGACAAGGCCGAGUGGAGAACGAUGCGGCAGACCUUCAGAGCUGAGCUAGGGUCUCCUCUGUACAACAAUGAGCCAUUUGCCAUCAUGCUAUUUGGGAUGGUGACCAAAUUUUGCAGUGGCCAUGCACCCCACUUCCCCAUGAAGAAAGUUCUCUUGCUGCUCUGGAAGACCGUAUUGUGCACACUAGGUGGCUUUGAGGAGCUGCAGAGCAUGAAGGCUGAGAAGCGUGCUCUCCUUGGCCUUCCCCCACUGCCUGAGGACAGCAUCAAGGUGAUCCGCAACAUGAGGGCUGCCUCCCCACCAGCCUCUGCUUCAGACCUGAUUGAGCAGCAGCAGAAACGGGGCCGGCGAGAACACAAGGCUCUGAUAAAGCAGGACAAUUUAGAUGCCUUUAAUGAGCGGGAUCCCUAUAAGGCUGAUGACGCUCGAGAAGAGGAAGAGGAGAAUGAUGAUGACAACAGCCUGGAGGGGGAGACAUUUCCCCUUGAGCGAGAUGAGGUGAUGCCUCCCCCACUACAGCACCCUCAGACUGACAGACUCACCUGCCCAAAAGGGCUCCCUUGGGCUCCCAAGGUCAGAGAGAAAGAUAUCGAGAUGUUCCUUGAAUCCAGCCGCAGCAAGUUCAUAGGCUACACUCUAGGCAGUGACACCAGCACAGUGGUGGGGCUGCCAAGGCCAAUCCACGAAAGCAUCAAGACACUGAAACAACACAAGUACACGUCGAUUGCAGAGGUCCAGGCACAGAUGGAGGAGGAAUUCCUUCGCUCUCCUCUCUCAGGGGGAGAAGAGGAAGUUGAGCAAGUUCCUGCAGAAACCCUCUACCAAGGCUUGCUCCCCAGCCUGCCUCAGUAUAUGAUUGCCCUCCUGAAGAUCCUACUGGCUGCAGCUCCCACAUCAAAAGCCAAAACAGACUCAAUCAACAUCCUGGCAGAUGUUCUGCCUGAGGAGAUGCCCACCACAGUGUUGCAGAGCAUGAAGCUGGGGGUAGAUGUGAACCGCCACAAGGAGGUCAUCGUCAAGGCCAUUUCUGCCGUGCUGCUGCUGCUUCUCAAGCACUUUAAGUUGAACCAUGUCUACCAGUUUGAAUACAUGGCCCAACACCUGGUCUUUGCCAACUGCAUCCCUUUGAUCCUGAAGUUCUUCAAUCAAAAUAUCAUGUCCUACAUCACUGCCAAGAACAGCAUUUCUGUCCUGGAUUACCCUCACUGCGUGGUCAAUGAGCUUCCAGAGCUGACUGCAGAGAGUCUGGAAGCAGGGGACAACAACCAGUUUUGCUGGAGGAACCUCUUUUCUUGCAUCAACCUGCUUCGGAUCUUGAACAAGCUAACAAAGUGGAAACAUUCAAGGACCAUGAUGCUGGUGGUGUUCAAGUCGGCACCCAUCCUGAAGCGCGCCCUCAAGGUGAAGCAGGCCAUGAUGCAGCUCUAUGUGCUAAAGCUGCUCAAAGUGCAGACCAAGUACUUGGGGCGACAGUGGCGCAAGAGCAACAUGAAGACAAUGUCUGCCAUCUACCAGAAGGUGCGACAUCGGCUGAAUGAUGACUGGGCGUAUGGCAACGAUCUUGAUGCCCGGCCUUGGGACUUCCAGGCAGAGGAGUGUGCCCUCCGUGCCAACAUUGAACGCUUCAAUGCCCGGCGCUAUGACCGGACCCACAGCAACCCUGACUUCUUGCCAGUGGACAAUUGCCUACAGAGCGUUUUGGGCCAGCGGGUAGAUCUACCUGAGGACUUCCAGAUGAACUAUGACCUGUGGCUAGAAAGGGAGGUCUUCUCUAAGCCCAUUUCCUGGGAAGAGUUGCUGCAGUGAGGGACUGUCCUCAUCAUUGCUGCAGUGCUCCUCAUGCCCUCCAGAUGGCAGCACAGCUCCAUUGAUUCUCACAGCCAGCCCUGGGCCUGUGAGGACAUCUAGGCUGACCUCGGCCUGACUCCCAACAUCCUACUCAGGAGCAGUCUUCUCCAAGCUGGAAUCUACUCUUUCUCCACUUCCCCAGUUUGUGCCC